AUGGAGCGUGUUGUGAAUCCUGGACCGAUUGAUCGUACACUUCUUCUCUCUCAGCAUGAGCAUAAAUCAGAAUUGAUGCAGUAUGACCGUGUCCUUGUUACACCUAUGGUUGAGUGUUGGAGGACAGAGACUUAUUGCUUCCACUUACCUUUUGGUGAGGUCACGAUUACAUUACAGGAUGUGCAGGUUUUGUUUGGUUUGCGCAUCGAUGGUGAUCUUGUGUACAUGCAGGAUGCUGCACAGAGGAUUCAUCCAUGGCGCACUUUAUUAGAGACACUCACAGGAUGCGUCAUAGCACCUGCUGAUAUGGAUGGUGCCAGCCGGGUGAGGAUACAUAGCAUUACCGGCUACUUGCGAGAUCAGUUACAAGUAGAUCCGAUAGGAGACGCUAAUCCAAUGGAGCGGGUUGAGAAAAUUUCUAGACUUUACAUGCUUGUUAUAUUGGGGGGCAUAUUAUUUUCGAACACGUCGGGGAACCUUAUUAGCUUACAAUACUGGGCAUUCCUAGAUCCCAUCCACGACGUAGGUAAGUACAGUUGGGGCAGUGCAGUGUUGGCCUACUUGUACCUCAAAUAUGUUUUUCCUUUGUUGGUGAUAGUUGAUAAAUAUGUGACGCUGUGA